AAAUCGCAACAAAAAUAGACACCAAAAAAGGGUUCAAUUUGCGUGUUCGACAGAGUUAUAGAAGCAAUAGCAGCCAUGGAUGUCAGUGGAAUUCCAAGCACGGAAGGUGGCAGCUUACACAAUUUUGUGAAUUUGGUUGAAGACGCAACUACAAUUUUGCGUGAAGCUUUACCUGUGCCCUACGAAAAGCGCUCGUUAGCAAUGUUGGUUUACCACGUUGCUAAAAUCUGCUCUCUCAUUGCUUCAAGAACACCCAAUCCCAGCAGGGCGACUGCUACUCUCCUGAUCUGUUCCACUCUGAUUGCUUUCGAAGCCAUCUUGUGGGUCGUGGCCGAUCACUUCUUGUGGUUCGUCACAGCCAAUGCAACUCUCUUAUUCAUAGCAAUGAUAUGCUACCAUAAGGACAUUCACAGUCACAGCCAAAGGGCUCGCCAAAGUUGAUGCUGCUGCUCAUAAGGUUGGUUGGUUUAGACGACAUAAAAUUAUUGAAUAUCACACAUCAUGCAAUGCUAGUCUAUUCAAUUAGAUUAGCUGGAUUCCUUCUUCCUCCUUAGAUUUUCACUUACUGUGCUGUGUGUUGUGACAAAAGAAGAAAAGAAAUUGGAUGUUUACUAUUGUUCUGUUUGGUGAGUUUUCUUUUUCUUUAGGGUGUACUUUUUCCCGUUUACAGUUUACAAAUUGUUGAAUGAGAAUAAUGGUUCCCCGGCAUGGCUUAUUUUUACCAUCUUUGUCUGAUUUUCUGAUUACUUGAUGCUUUCAUCUUCGUUCUAUGGUAGACAUGGUUAUCACAUUUGGUGUACCUUGAAACUUCUAGGUACUACAUUCCAUAGUCUAUUUUCAUCCAAAAGCUCACUAAAAUGUGACCCUUUUUGGUUAUUGAUAUGUUCUAGGAAGAUUCCCACUUAAACUUUGUGGUCAACUUUAUUCCUUUUCCCCCCUCUCCCCCCCCACAAUUGCAAGAAUGUUGAAUGCACAGGUAUAAAUAUCAUGGAGCUUCUGCCAAACUCAAUUUCUGUCUUAAGUUCUCCCGUUCUACCAGAGAAUGAAUGAUAUCUUGUAAAAGAAGCUGGCUUUUGUUAAAUAGUAAUAUUCUUGAGGUACAAAGUUAUGAUAAGGGCCAUGAUUGUCUUUAAGCAUAUAUUUAUUUAUUUAUUUUAUGGAAUAUAGAAUUUGUAUGGUAAUUUCAAUCGUUGAGCAUUAUGUCCAGCAUUUUUCAUUUUACUUUGAACUUAGAG